CAAGUUGCAUCCACUUUUAAAAUCCCAACUCUCUCCAUCUUUCCCUCUCUCUCUCUUCACCCCCUCUCAGAACAAGAAUAUGUACCCAUCUUCUACCUCUUCAUCAUCGCAAGGCUCAAUGGGCCCCAGCGGCAGUGGUGGCACCGGCAGCAGCGGCCUCAUGCGUUACGGCUCAGCCCCUGGCUCUCUGUUAACUGCGGCAGUCGACUCAGUCGUUGGUCGCGGUCGUGAAUUUUCCCGAUUCUUCUCGUCUGAUCCUUCUGAAUCCAUUUCUAAGGAUGGGAGUAAUAAUGGUGGGGGAGCAAACAAUCCUAGAGAACAACAAAAUAAGACUGCUGGGUUGCAAAGGUCUUAUGGGUUUAAUGAGAUAGCCACUGGUGGUGGAAGUGGAGGCGGCGGCGGCGGCGGUGUCGCGUCGUCUUCUCGUUCAACUUUGAUUCGUCAUAGUAGCUCACCAGCUGGUUUUCUUAAUCAACUUGCAACUGCUGCUGGAGAUAAUGGUUUUUCAAUUACAAGGGGGAUAAGAAGCUAUGAUCCUAAAGAGGUAUCAGACAACGGUCGAGGUAUAACAAGAUUGAACUCUCAACUCAGCUUUACAAGGCCGGAAACUCUUUCUCGGAUUUCUGAAGAAAACGAGAAUGUUGUUGAUGUCAUUAAUAUGAAUAACGGCCAAAGAAAAUCUACUCAUUCUUAUACAAACGCCGGUUUUGGUAUGGGAACCUGGGACGACGACAAUGCUAUAAUGUUCUCUGCACCACCAACUAAGAGAGCUAAGAACAUCAGCAGCGAGGUUGUCAAUGAUCUAAACACCAUUGAAUCUCAGUUUCACUUUAGCAUAUCGGAGACAGCACUAGAGAUGGCUGCAAUGGAUAAGUUACUACACAUACCUGAAGAUUCAGUUCCAUGCAAAAUUCGAGCAAAACGUGGUUGUGCAACACAUCCUCGCAGCAUAGCAGAAAGGGAGAGAAGGACGCGAAUUAGCGGAAAGUUAAAGAAGUUACAGGAUCUUGUUCCCAACAUGGACAAGCAAACUAGCUAUGCUGAUAUGCUGGAUUUGGCAGUUCAACACAUAAAAACCCUUCAAAACCAGGUUCAGAAACUAAACGAAGAAGUUGAGAACUGCACUUGCGGAUGCAAAACGACGUGGGAUUCCUAACAUAAAAAUCAAAAAUUGUAUUGAAGCAAGUAGCAACUUAUAGUACAGCUUCGUUCACAAGACAUUUUAAAGUUUUUUCCAUAGGGACCUCUCAGGACAUCAUGUAAGAAGAGAGUAGCCCGGAUUUGUAUAUGAAGAAGCAACUCAUCUAUAGUUCAGCUGAAAGCAUGUGUAGUUGCUACUAAAUUUUGAAAGAUGGUAUGUAAAUCAUUGCAUAUUUUUGCUUUUUGGGAUCUUAAAUAUUGACCAGUUGUUUGGUUUGGAUUGCUCA